GAGGGAGCGCGCCCCCUGCCGGCCGCCGCUGGGCAACGCAAACAGCCAGGUAAGGCCGCUCGCCAGCCCCGAUGGAGCGGGUCAACGAGGCGGCGGCGGCGGCCGCCAAUGCCAACGCCUGCGGCCCGUCCCCGCCCGGCUGCUACACGUACCAGGUGAGCCGCCACAGCGCCGACCUGCUUCACAGCCUCAACCAGCAGCGCAAGAACGGCGGACGCUUCUGCGACGUGCUGCUGCGCGUGGGCGACGAGAGCUUCCCGGCGCACCGGGCGGUGCUGGCCGCCUGCAGCGAGUACUUCGAGUCGGUCUUCAGCGCGCAAGGGCUGAGCGGCGGGGCCGAGGGAGCCGCGGCGGCGGCAGGAGGCGGCGCUGGGCCCGGGGCGCCUGACGGGGGCGCUGCUGAGACUGCCGGGGCAGCCGCGGCCGCCAGCGGAGGGGUGGCCCGGGAGCUCGAGAUGCACACCAUCAGCUCCAAGGUCUUCGGGGACAUCCUGGACUUUGCCUACACCUCGCGCAUCGUGGUGCGCCUGGAGAGCUUUCCCGAGCUCAUGACAGCCGCCAAGUUCCUCCUCAUGCGCUCUGUCAUCGACAUCUGCCAGGAAGUCAUCAAGCAGUCCAACGUGCAGAUUCUGGUCCCGCCAGCCGCUCGGCCAGACAUCAUGCUUUUCCGCCCCGGCUCAGCCACCGCUGACCUCGGCUUCCCGCUCGACAUGACCAAUGGCACCGGCCUGGCGCCCAAUGGCAACGGCAUCGCUGGCAUGCCCGAAGACGAGGCCACGCGGGCAGCGCUCUCCGCGGCCGCCCAGUCUUCCCUGCCCGUGCUGCAGGGGGUGGACCGCCUGCCCAUGGUGGCGGGACCGCUCUCGCCGCCCUUGCUGGCUUCGCCCUUCCAGAACGUGGGUCCCACCGCCCCCUCGCUAAGCAGCAAAAGGGGGAGAGGGCGCCCCCGCAAAGCCAACCUGUUGGACUCCAUGAUGUUCAGCGCUCCAGGGGGGCUGAGAGACGCAGGCAUCCUUCCGUGCGGCCUCUGUGGGAAAGUGUUCACCGACGCCAACCGCCUCCGGCAGCAUGAAGCACAGCAUGGUGUGACCAGCCUGCAGCUAGGUUACAUAGACCUCCCACCCCCAAGGCUCGGCGAAAACGGGGUGCCGGGUCUAGAUGACCCACAGGCCCCCCGCAAGCGGAGCCGGACGAGGAAGCAAGUGGCUUGUGAGAUCUGUGGGAAGAUAUUUCGGGACGUUUAUCACCUGAACCGACACAAGCUGUCGCAUUCUGGCGAGAAGCCGUACUCAUGCCCGGUGUGCGGGCUGCGCUUCAAGAGGAAAGACAGAAUGUCCUAUCAUGUUCGCUCCCAUGACGGCUCUGUGGGGAAGCCUUACAUUUGUCAGAGCUGCGGAAAAGGGUUCUCUAGGCCUGACCACUUGAAUGGGCACAUCAAACAGGUGCACACGUCAGAGAGACCUCACAAAUGUCAGCAGGAAAUUGCCAGCCUCCAUGGAAUAAGCUCAGAGACAUCUACAUCCAUAGAGCAGUUGAAACUUCAAGAGACUUGCAACGCUUCCUUUGCCACCCGUGACCGGCUGCGCUCACACCUUGCGUGCCAUGAAGACAAAGUUCCGUGCCAGGUCUGCGGGAAGUACUUGCGGGCAGCAUACAUGGCCGAUCACUUGAAGAAACACAGCGAAGGGCCCAGCAACUUCUGUACCAUCUGCAACAGAGGUUUCUCCUCUGCCUCCUACUUAAAGGUCCAUGUUAAAACCCACCACGGUGUUCCCCUUCCCCAGGUCUCCAGGCACCCGGAGCCCAUCCCGAAUGGGGGAGCAGCGUUCCACAGCGUCAGGACCUAUGGCAUCAAAGAAGGCCAGAAAUGCUCACAUUCGGACCAGAUUGAGAGUUCGGAUUCCUACGGAGAUCUCUCCGAUGCCAGCGACCUCAAGACUCCCGAGAAACAGAAUGCCAACGGCUCCUUCUCCUGCGACAUGGCGGUCGCCAAAAAUAAAUUGGAGUCUGAGGGAGAUAAGAAGUACCCCUGUCCUGAUUGUGGCAGCUUUUUCAGAUCCAAGUCCUAUCUCAACAAACACAUACAGAAAGUCCAUGUCCGCUCCCUGGGAGCCCCAUUAGGGGACUUGGGCCCUGCGCUGGGGUCCCCCUUUUCCCCCCAACAGAACAUGUCUCUGCUGGAAUCGUUUGGGUUUCAGAUUGUUCAGUCUGCAUUUGCAUCCUCUCUAGUGGAUCCAGAGGUCGACCAGCAACCGAUGGGGCCAGAUGGAAAAUGAGGCCAGCUUUAACUUUUAACAAAGCAGCAGUCUGGGGUUUAUUGGGGUUUUUUUAAUGUAAAACUACCAGAUGGCUGUGAAUGAUGUGGGGGAGCUAAGAGAAAUCCAGUUUUGUAGUGGGAAGAUGUUUGUUUGAAUUCCUUAUAGGUUCUCGCCCUUCCCCGUUCUCCCCUCCCCUAAAACGUCCCUGGACAGAGAUUGUUUAUCAGCUGACGAGCUGUGAGCUACCUGCAUGGCAAUGAAUGGAUGGAUGGGUGAUCUUUGGGGCUGCAGUGCGGGCAGAAUUUUGCCCGGCGACCAGCCGGUCUUUCGAUGACACGGCUCGGAAGCCCACAACAGAAAGAAACACCAGAGAUGCUGGCCUGGGCAUUUUAAGCAGCCCUUCUUUUGAUCUGGCAGAGAACUUAGAUGUCUUUGUGUCCUUUCUCCUUUCUUUCUGCCUCACGACCCUUUUCUAGGAUUUGCAUAUUAGCAUCAUAAAACACGCCCUGUGGAAUCUAGUACGUAGAGGAGCCAUUUUCAUUCAAAAGAAGAAGUAAUUUUUUAAUUUCUUAAAUAAAUAACAUUUUUGUUUUUAAAGAAGCAAAAACACUUUGCAAGCGUCAAGGUGUUGUGGGGAAACGCUGCCGCCACCCUCUGGUGCCACCAAAUUCAAAGCCAGUUGUGGUGCAAUCGAGCCCCCGUUCUCCUGCGCGAACCCCCACUUCCGCAAGCAGCAGCCCCCCCCCCCCCAAGUUGCAGACCGGGGCUUGGCCGGGAGACCAUCCUGCUCAGUUGUGCUACUUGCUUAUUUUUUGAAUCUUCAAAAACUUGCUCUUGGUUUUCUGUCUCUCUCUCUCUUAUGAUUAUGAUCAUUAUUAUUGCAUUUAUGAUUUUAGGACCUGUUGUAGUGAUUUGCUACUGAGAAGCCCUUCCGAGGCAAUUAUACAGAGAGCUCUUAAAGCAGCAGUCAUGUUAGGGUUAGUAUUAAUUUUUUUAGAUGUAUCAUAAUUAAUAACUUGGCUAGUUGAUUGUUUUUAAGUCUAUGGGAUAAUAUAGUUAUGCAAAAUGGAAGAAAGGGGUGGGGGGAGGAAAGAAGUGGUUUAAAAAUAAAAAAAAUAACAGCAGUGCACUCUUGGUUGGUUGAUGCAUAAAGACCCUGGAAGAUUAAUUUUUUCAGUGAGAUGCUACGUUUUUCUGUACCACCAACCUGCUUAGUGCAAAUAAAUAUAGAAUUUACAGAAUGAUUUCAAGCAAGAAAAUAAUAAUUGGAUUGGACUGCAUUAAAGAAGUUAGAAUGUUACUUUAU